AAACAAAAACACAGAGCGAUCAGCUGACUGCGUGUGCAGUAAUAGAAAGUGUAGAUAUACGGUAGUAAACCUAUGUUCUGACACACUGAUUUGUCUCUAAAUGUACAUAUAACCCCGGCGAGAGAAAACAAAGGGAUGUGAACAGGAAGUGGAGGAAACAGCUGGUAUCUGGAAAUACUCAGAAGUGAGUGGAAGGAGUCGUCUCGCAGUCACAACAAAGAGUGAAAUAUGGGCAGUGUGUACCAACCUUUAUCUUCAGCAGAGUCAUGCAGAAGUUUAUCCAUAGAGAUGUCAGAGUGCUUUAUAUGCAGGGAUGUUGAACUUAAAGCCAGUGACCCACUGAGGAAAUUCUGUGACUGCAAGAAUUUACUUGCCCAUCACGUGUGUCUGUCCACAUGGAUCCAGAGGGGAUGUGGGAGUGAAGACAGGCUGAGAUGCAUUGUCUGCAAAGCCAAGUACCAGCUCCAGAGGAGUUCUCCGUGGCGCUCAGUGACCUUCCGGUGGCAGACGUGGCUUGUGCUGAUCACUGCGUUUGUUUUGCUGGGUCUGGUGCCUUAUGUUGUUCACUGCAUGAUGACUGCCUUCACCAAACCUCCUCCUCCCAGCACCUUUAAAUUGGCAGCAGUCUCUUUUGGCCUGCUGACAGAGAUCCUGCUGAUCAAGUGUCUGUCCAGCUACCUCAGCAGUCGUUACCGGCAGGCUGAGCAGAGCUCCUUCACAGUCCAGGCCAGAGGCUCUGAAGAGGACAGAACGAGCCCGGGCUGUCUGGAUCGCUCUGAGGCCGCUUCAGCUGCGGCAGGUCACGCUUCAUCAACGGCCUCACCCAGUCAAGUGGACGAAGGGAAAGUGGAUGUGUUGAAGAGUGUACGUCUCGGUCUUUUCUGAACCACUAACAGAAGGAGUUCAUCCUUUGGGUAUUAGAUCUUUCUAGCAGCCAUUCAAGAUAUUACAUCAGUUUAUCAAUGUGGCUUUUAUGAAAUGUUGCACUUUAAAACCUAUUUUUCAGGUGUCAAAUAUUCUUGUUUUCCUCUAUGUCAGACCCUUACACUCUCCCUUCAUUCACUGGAUAUAUUCUCACAUAUUGCAAAUUGAUCGCCACGAAGAGAAUGCACGCAGCUUGCAUGAGUGUGUUCAGGUUCAGAAAAAAAAGAGCCUGAAAUCACUCUCUUUCCUUAAUGAUGUCCACACAGAGACAAUGGGGCGCCGCUCUGAUUAGUGUCACCUGUCUUUGUGCAUCUCAUCAGCUCCAUUAUGGCUCCAUCUCCCAUGCUUCUUCUGCUAAUUGAAUAGCAUGUGAAGUGGUGACGAGGACGGGGGCGAGAGCAACGUCUGUCCCGCUGCUGCUUCGGAAAUGAAAGUAAAGCUUCCCAGUGAGACACUACCGUUGUUCUUAAAACCUAAACCAUUAUCAUACAGAUAAAGAAAGUGCUAACAAGUAGCACUCGUGUUAUAUUACCAUCAUAUCAUCUAUGGAUUAUGUUCAUAUAUAUAACAGCUUUGAAUUAGCAUCUGCUGUUGUUUUGAGGGGGAUGCAGUGCCGCUGUAUACAUUGUGUCAGACAGAGCGUCCAUAUUGGACGCAGCAAUAACAUAUUCACUCCCGGCUUUCAGGUGUAUAUUCCAUACAGGAGCUGUGCAUGGCACUACUUGCAUAUCUGUGUGGUAAAUAUACUGCAAGGCUAUAGCCAGUAGCUGGUUAGCUUAGCUUAGCACGAAGACUGGAAACAAAGGGAAAAGGCUAGCCUUUCUUGGUCAAAUGGUAAUAAAGUCUAGUCCUAGCAGCACCUUUCUUUAUUCAGGGGGUUAUGUGCUGGAUAUGUCAAACUAUUCCUUUAAAGUUGUUGUAAAGGUAAGGCUGGCAUUAUUCUGUAUAUCUUUUGUAUUCUCAGCUAAUCCCAUGAAAAGAUGAUCGUGUUAGAUUAAUCCUGGAGGCAUGGCUCUGCUGCCGACCAUUGCCGACCACCUAACAAUUGUUUGCUGAGUUUAUGGUCCUUGUUUUAUGUGGAUUAUCAUACAUUCACUGGGAGCGACUUUAACGAAUUAAGCAUGAAAGUGAAUUAUUCUUUACCUUACAGCGUUCCUGUUCCUGUUGCCUGGAAACUCUUGUCCAACCAGAGUUUCCAGGCAGCAGGAACUACACUCACACUGAGUGAUGUUUUGGGCCUAAGUGAACAGGGGUACUACAGUAACCUACGAUCCAUAAGAUGAAGGAAACAGUGUUCCGGAGGAGGCCUGAGAUAAUGAUUAUAAAGAUGCAGCUGCAGAUUCCCUUUACUUGUCAUCACGCUGUCCAAUGUGUGCUCCGUAAGCAAUAAACUGGAUGAACUCAUGGCCAGAGUUGAAUAUGACAGUCUUAUCUGUCUCACAGAGCCUUGGAUCAAAGAUAACACAACUCUUAAGAGGCUAUACAACAAUUAGCUCAGACAGAGAUCAACAUAAAUCUGCAAAAUCAAUAGGAAGCAGCCUGUGUAUCUAAUUGGGAAAAAUAUUUUUGCAUAGGCAAAGUGCAAACCUAAAUUUUAACCAUCUCUUGUAGAACUUUCCAAUGCAAGAUUUUGGCAAAUCACUAUAAUUCUCGAGAACGUGGCUGGUCCAAAUUAUAAUGCUGUGGUAGAGAGGCUAGUGGAGAGUAACCUUGACCCCCUCUCUUAUUCUGCAGCUCAACCUGUUUUUAUUCUUGGAGGUUGUAAUACGAGUAUUUACAAAAAUCCUUCAGCACUAUAUAGACUGUCCUAUUUGCUUUACCCGAUCUUUGCUUUGGGAACAUCCAAGAUACCUCUAAUGCUGUUAGCCGUCUACCCCUUGGGAAAUGGGACCACAUUGUUAUUCACCUUCUGGUAAGUAUGUAAUGCCACACCUCCUGUGGGGUUAUUCCAGUACUUGUUAAACACGCAUAGUGCCUAAAUCAUAGAAGCUCACAAUCAUUAAGCCUGUGCCAAAAAGCCAAACAAAAGAAUGCUGAAAGACUCUUGACCAAUAACCAUCUCUUCCAUCCAUCGUUCUAUCUAACUUCCUGUGUGGCUGAGUAUUUGGCCCAACAAAACACUCUUCAGAUGUGGGGCAAAAGUAGCAGUUUGAAGAUCAAUGUUAAUAAGACUAAAGAAAUGAUCAUUUGUGCCAAGUAGGAUUUCACAACAGAGCCUGUUGAAACAAUUAAGGCUUUAUUUUGACCCAAAGCAAACUUGGUGAUUGCUAGAACAGUGGAAAGACAAACCAAGACGGUUUUAGUGAGUUUUAUUGAGUUUCUGUUGUCAAAUUUUGUCAGUGCAGCCUGGUGGCUUUGAACAGAGCGAUAGAACGGCUGCUUCUUGGUAAACAAAAAGGAGCUUACUCUUUAACAAAAAGGUGUAUCUCUGUAUGGCUUUUUACAUACUGUUGUCACACUUUUAAGAACAAUCUGAGCCUAUCAGUGGCAAAGACAAGCACUUUUAGUGGACGCACAUUUACGGUGCAUAUUUGCUCAUAAGGAUUAUGUUACAGCCAGCUUCACAACUGCCGGCUGCAGUCCUCUUGCUCAAUACUGGACCAGUUUCAAAAAUUGUUCUCCCCAUUAGUCACUUAGACACAAAAAUAUGGGAAAAUAAAGUCCAGGUUGAAAAAUAUCUAAGUGCAAUCAGCAUUUAAAACAAAAAAAAACAGAGCCACAAAUCUUGCUCCGCUGUGUUCUGUGUUGUUUUAAUGUUUUAUGCUUUGUUUUAAGUAUUGUAUCUGUAGUUUUUACUUUUGUACUGCGUUUCCCCAUUUGUUGUUAUUGGUUUUAUCUGUUCUCAUGCUGCUUUUAUAUUUUGGCGAGCCAAAGACAAUUUUCCAUUCUGUUGGACAAUAAAGUUGUAUUCUAUUCUAUUCUACAAGACCAAAACCAAAAACAAUGCGUCAGUCUGGCUUUCAAUAGCUAAUGACUACCCUGUCCUGUCUGUGGCUCUCAGCCCCAAGCCCACUGGUACUGAAGAUGUAAAUCCUUAGAAAUAGACACAUUUACAGUUUGACUUUUCUUUUCUUUUUAAAGGCUCCUUAGUUUUUCUAAAACAGCAGGGCACUGUAGUUUUUGGUGACUAAAACAUUUUUUUUCUUGAAGACUAUUUUCAGUUGCAGAUUUAUAAUCCAAAGGAACUACAGUGCUGUGUUUCUGGUAAUGAAGGAACAUGUCACCCAGUGUAACACUGUGGCUCGCUGAUGUGAUUGGGGACAAUAAUGGAGCUCUAUGGCACAGAGGAAUAAGAUAUAUCAGACCUUGGAUUUGGGAUUUAUUGACAAUAAUAAAAAUAGAGAAUAUGUCCAGCCUCAUCCUUUAAACAUGAUUGUGGGAAAUUCUUUCAUACUUUUUGCCAUCACUUCUGUAAGUUAAGUUAGUUUAGAACCACAGAAGACUUGAUAUAAACGUUCACAGGAAUUCCACUUUAAUGCAUAAUGUUGGCUAUAAAUGUACUGUAAAUUAAUACUCUAUAGGACACUGUCUUGUUUAAAAUUCUUAUACUGAAUAACUGAAUGUUGUGUUAAGCAAUUGUUGAACUACUCUAUUGUUUGAAAAUGUUUAUAUAUGGAAACAAAUAAAACCGAGGCAGGCCUCAAUCUGA